GGCGACAUUUCUUUCGUUCGUGAAUGUGCGCCUACAACUGCUUUUAAUUUGCGCGAUAUUUCUUUUUAUUUUGUUAAUUGUGGCGUAAUAUAAUGUUGCUUAGCUGAGUUAUUUUGAUUUAGGAAAUGUCCAGCAUCACGAGGCGGAAGCAGCGGAAUCUCGAGAUCGACACGAUGAGUUGCUACUCUUGAGGCGUACCGCCCCACAGACAGAAGUCAACACAAAAUCAACUUCUGCAGAAAGUAUAAAAGGGGCGACGGGAUGAUGCGUAAGGCGACAAGCACAAUGCCACGCCUGACGAUCAUCCUCCAAUGUUUGGCCUUGUGCACGUUGCUGCUGAAUGUAGGCGUUGCAAGUGCAUCUCGAGCCAAGGCCAUCGAUCUCACAAGUGGUAGUUCCGACAAUGGUCUCAAAAGAAACGACAGGGAGCACCAGCAGCAUCCUCAUUUGGCGCUCAACAAACCUAGCAAGCUUGAUCUCGAUGUUAGUCAGUAUUCUGAGACAGAUGACAAAGAUGCUCAUGAACUUGAAAGGAUUCGAUUACAAGAGAAGAGCGAUCGGAAUCUGGAAGUAACGACGAUCCCAACGACCGCCGAGGAGGAAAAAAGUGGUCAACACUUAAAGACACUUAAGUGCAACGAAGGAACAAUAUCAGUGAAGUGCGUAGAGAAAAGAAUCAAAAGCUAUUUAAGGACAGUAUCAACUGUAAACACAAUAAAUGUCUCAGACUCGGUGCAAAUUGUCAAGAAGCUAGAUAGCGAAGUAAAUGGUGAUUUAAACAAUUUAGAUAAUGUUAAUCAUACGUCAUUAGUGGACGAGAUACACAGGUACGCGCGUAAUCAUGUAGUCAAGAUUAAUUUGGCGAAAGACUUACUUCCGCCAACGGAAUCGAGAACGUUUUUUGGUGCUUUUUCACAGGGUAAGAGCACCUUUUUAACAGGCUUCGGGCUUGGUUUUCUAGCGUUUGGUCUGAAGAAAUUGCUGUUACCGAUCUUCAUUGGCGUACAGAUUGUCAAGAGUAUACUAAUAGCCUUGUUCCUGCCAAGUAUCAUUGGAAGUCUUGGGAAAAUUGUUGGAAAAGGCGUAUCCUCGUUCGCACAGUCGUCGCAUCAGCCAGGUCAGCAAAUGGAGGAGAACUACGAGUUCAAGGACAAUACCGAUGCAUACAACGAUGACUAUAUGAAUCGCCAGCCAUUGGGUACUUUACCAGCGUCGGUAAUGUACGACGAGAGUAUGUUGCAAACAAAAGCUCCAGAGAUUGCAUCGCGCUAUGGAUUCGUCGAUUCGAGAAUUUCUCCGAUGAAUGCACUUGCCGAUCGAUAUUAUACCAGACACAUGAUCAAUCCAUACGCCAAGAGACAGGAUUUCAAGGUAUUUCACGAGAUCCCGACAAGUUCAUUGCUGCUAACCAAUUACGAUCCGUUCUAUUCGCCGCUUCUGUCGAGACUUGACGCGGUAUUCGCUCGAUUGGGACAUAAUAGUGAAGGCUGUCGUGAAUAUGCUGUUUGUGCAAUGUACCGAAGUCCAGCGCGUUACGCUCCUUACUCUAAUCUUGUCUCAGCGCAAUUGUCACGCGAGUUAAACGAACUACGAAAACCAAGCUCUGACAAUCCUGAUGUCCUUAGAUUCUUUAGAUAUAUGAAGGCUGCAAAGGAUGGUCAAGAUGGUAUUAGAUGCGAAGAUGCUUAUGCUGAAUGUGACAGCGCCAGAGAUGAUCAGACCGUUAGACAGAAUCAAGCGAUGCUGGCUACUUAUCAAGAUAUAGAUAAGCUUGUGCAUGCGAGAAAAUUGUAGGCAGUGAAUCUGAUGAUGGAUUUUUUGUUUUGGCAAGGGAACAUUUGUACAUUACUGGACAAAUUGUCCUGCUUAAAUAAUUUUUAAAAUGAAAAUCGCUUCUUAAAAACUUGGAUAGAAUAUUAUUGAAGAUCUCUUGACCAAAUGGUUAAAGAGAUUUUUUUAAACCAAGAUAAAGUUUUGAACAAAAGUUCGAGACAUUUUUACUAUAAUUGAUUUUACGAUCUGAACUUAAGUUUGGAUUAAUUAUUAUAAUUAUGGAAUUGGCUUUAAAAAAUCUUAGAUUUAAUAAUUCAAAAAAGAAAAUUUUUUAUUUGCCAUGAUGUUAUGUUUAUUUAUUUAUAUUAUGCUUCAAAUAGUUCUUAUACUACUAAAAUUAAUGGAUAUUAAUUCAACUAGUUUCAAUCGGUGUUUCACUUUGAUUUAAAAUUUGUCGACAAUUUAUUUUAAUAACAAUGAGAUACUCUGAAAAUUUUCAUUAUACCUAUACUGCAUAGUCAAUUACAUGGCGCAGAUGUUUAAAAUUUUUAUAGUUAUUGUAAAUAAAUCAAAAUUUGAAUUUAGUUUAAUGAAAGUAGAUAUUUUACUUUGUAUAUUUUAUAAAGAUGAGACACAAACCGCCAUGAAAGAUCUUGUCAAUGGCAAUAUUACGAAGGCAAUGGUUUCUUAAAAAAAUAAUUUAUACAAUAUCAAAUUUAAUGAAACCAAUUAGAUACAAUUUGGAAUAAAAUUUGAAGUGACAAAUACAAUUUAUUUACUUCAAAAUAUAAUCUAUGGAACAAUGAUAUAUUUACUCUCCUGAGAAGUUGUUUCUUUGUUUAUUUUACAAGGAUAGAG